AUGUCAUCGACCAAAUCGAAUGAUUUUGUCCCGGUCUCACAAUGGCCCACUCUCGAAGAGCUUGCAGUGGGCUUUGUAGAGCAUUUAAUGCCAGCCUCGUCUGCCCUGGCAGAUGAGGUCAUCAACAUCGUUUUUGACGGCGAUAUCUCUAUCUCCCAUCAUUUCACUACCGAGAGCUCUUUGAAUUGGGAGAUCACCACGGGACCUCAAAAGGACACUAAAGGCAAACACGAUUACAAGGCCUUCGAGGUGCGAUCUAGCAUCUUCUUCGUGGACUUCUACAAGCCAGAAUUCGAGGAACAUGUGAGCUUGGUCUGGAAUCGUUCAACUGGCCAGAUUAUAGCGGGAUUAUCAAAGCUUAAGGAAGUGGAAGGAAAAUGGCGGACUACUACCGAGUUCCUCCAGGGCCAUGAUGCCACUUUUCCCUAUGCUACAACUUUUCCCAAUACAGAUGAGCUGGUUGGCCGACACAUUCUGUACCGUUACUCGCCCAAAGAUGCGUACGAACAUGUCUACCUGAAUAGUGGGACACUGACUUGGCAUUGUCUAUCUGGAACUGAAAAGGGUCUGGCCGAUACCGAAUUCUGCAGAACCUUCAAGCUCAGCGAUCAAUUGUAUCUGUUAUUUUGGACAGAGACUAUCAUGCCCGUUGAGUCUUUCGUCGUUGUUGAUCUUCAAAAGAUGCGCUCAACUGGAAGGUUUUAUUGUUGGGACCCAAAGCCGCAGCGGGUCGUACAAAUGCUUUUCGGUUCAUAUGCCACGCAUUUGGCAAAGACUGACGCAGCUGCCGUGGCAGCAUCUCCUCUCUUGCAUAAAGAACAGAUAAACUCUGGAAUUAAAAUCUGA